UGACGGUGCUGCCGCACUGGUCUUAGUAAGUGGAGAGAAGGCAGUAAAACUUGGACUAGACGUGAUUGCAAAGAUCACAGGAUAUGCAGAUGCUGCUCAGGAACCUGAACUAUUUACAAUUUCACCUGCUAAAGCAAUUCCGAAAGCUAUCAAAAGUGCUGGCUUAGAGGCUUCUCAAAUUGAUUAUUACGAAAUUAAUGAAGCUUUUGCAGUAGUGGCUCUUGCAAAUCAAAAGCUGCUUGGUCUUAAUCCAGAAAAAGUUAAUGUACAUGGUGGAGCUGUAUCUUUGGGGUAUCCUCUUGGAUGCAGUGGAGCUCGUAUAUUGGUUACACUUGGGGUUUUGAGGCAGAAAAAUGGUAAAUAUGGAGCUGCUGGUGUUUGCAAUGGAGGAGGAGGUGCCUCGGCCCUUGUUGUAGAAAUUAUGUAAUACUUUUCUUCAGUCCUUGGUUAGUAUUGCGAGCUAUUUACAAGAGAUGAGCUUCAGUGGAUUAGAUUGACUGGUUGGGUGCCUUCAAGUAGAGAAGAUUAUGCAAUUUUCCUAUGUUCUUGCAAAUGAUUGUACUGUUCACAUAUAAAUGCAAUAGUAUUUAAUUUCUUACAGAAUAGUUCCAUGCUUUUAUAAUAGAUUUACAUAUCGUAUCUGUUGACACAUAAAAGCAUAGAGUACAGUGGUGUUUCGUACUAAACUUAAAAUCUUGAACUCGUCUCUUAUUAGAACUGUAAAGGAUGCACACUCAAAUAUCUGUCAAUAACCAGGACAAGUCAUUUGAAUUGUAUGACAGACUAUCGGCUGGGAGGUUGUUGACUGAAGUUAGAAAAACAAGCUGAUAAGUUAACUAGAGUUAGAAGCUUAACUCUAGACUGUAGUUAGAAGUAAGUUAGUUAGCACAGUGUUAGAAGGUAGUUAUACUGAGGUUCUCUAUACAUACACAGUACACUCAUGUAUUACAUACAGUUAUUCAUUUUCUUCUCAAUAACAGAUUCAGUUUCUCU